UACUCAGGAAGAAGCUUCGUUUGGGGAAAAUCUUUUGGAAUUUGAAAGCAGAAUCAGUAGAGAAUCCACCCCUUGCAGUUUGAUAAGGAAUCCCGAGAGCAUACGAACACCCAGUUCUUCUACGAAGGCGUCCAGUACAACUGAUGAUAGGAUACAGCUGCAGAACUCCUCUGCAACGGAUGUACCAACCGCACGAGAAGUGGAUGAUUUCUUCAACUGCGCCGAAGGAGAGCAGCAGAGAAAAUUCAUUGAGAAGUACAACUUUGACCCGAUCACAGACAAGCCACUUCCCGGUCGAUACGAAUGGGAGAAAUUGGACAAUUAAUAGACGACAUUCAUUCAAUCUAUCAGGAACUAUUCUUCUCAAUGUUCUCAGGUUAUGUCGUGCUUAUAAUUGGUAGAUAGUCAGAUCUUAGUUUCUGUCACCCUUUUACUUGUAAAGAAGUAGGCUGUACUAAUGGUCUGUAACAUAACAAGAAUUUGAAUUACACAGCAAAUAGAACUCGAAGCCUUCUGUCUAACAGAUGCUCAUGGUGGAAGGAAGGGAAGGGAAGAGGGGUGUGUGGGUUGGUGUAGGAUUUAGGCUUUUGGGUAAUUAGGUGGAUGCGUGGGGUACAGAAAUUUACUUAGAAAUUUUUUUUUUCCCUCUUUUCCUUCCCAUUUGUACUGUAUUUUCCUCCCUAUACUUGUAGCGAUGGAAACAGUGAAAAAACCCUCUGAUGGAAUAAAAAUUAACCAUCUCUUUCCCAUA